UAGUUGCUUUUUUAUAAUUGUUGAUGUUGCAUGAUCAAAAAUAUGUUAUGAAAGUAGCAUCUUCGAACUUUUAAAUCGUUUACUAAAAGUGUUUCCAACAUUUGCGCUACAAGCCCUUUUAUAUGUUGUGGAAUUUGCAGAUUUAUCUUAAAUCGUUCGUAUUCACCAAGCACGUUGCUUUGUAAAUAACGAUGGCAGAUCCAUUGAGUUUACUUCGCCAGUACAACGUAAAUAAAAAGGAAAUCAUCGAACGAGAAGACCAAAUCAUUUUUGGCGAAUUCUCAUGGCCGAAAAACGUAAAAACCAAUUAUUUGAUGUGGGGAUCCGGCAAGGAUGGUACGGCCAAGGACUAUUACACUCUGGAAUGUUUAUUGUUUAUAUUAAAACAUGUUUCUCUUACACAUCCUGUGUAUGUGCGACAGGCAGCCAAAGAAAAUAUUCCGGUGGUACGACGGCCGGAUAGAAAGGAAUUAUUGGCUUAUUUAAAUGGCGAAACCGCGAGUUGUCCUUCAAUCGACAAAAGUGCACCUCUCGAGCUUCCAACGCAAGUAAAAAGGUCGGCGGACUACGAUGGCACGGAUAACUUGGCAAAGAAGCCUCGUUUGGAAGAUACCCACGUACAAAAAGUACGCGAACAGAUGGCCGCCAGGCUUGAUGCACCUAAAGAGGCUUCCGUUACCGUCGAUAAUAUUAAGUCACUUUCAGAGGCUAUGUCCGUAGAAAAGAUUGCGGCAAUUAAAGCAAAACGUUUGGCCAAAAAAAGAACUACGAUUAAAGGAAACGAUGACAUCAGGCAGGAGUACGAUAUUAGGGCGAUUUUAGAUCUCGACGUCGAUAUUACUAAGGACAUCAUUAGCAGAGAACGUCAGUGGAGGACGCGAACUACAAUUUUACAGUCGAACGGAAAGAUGUUUGCGAAAAAUAUUUUGGCGAUGCUGCACAGUAUUAAAGCGAGGGAGGAGGGUAAACACAGGCCGCCACAACAACCGAUAGUAACGCCUCGUCAGACUCCCAUUCGUGCAAUCACACAGCCUUCCGUGUACAAUCGGUACGAUCAAGAAAGAUUUAUCCGGCAACGAGAAGAGACGGAAGGAUUCAAAAUUAACACUAUGGGCACAUAUCACGGCAUGACCUUAAAAUCUGUAACAGAAGGAUCUACGAAAACACGACCGCAAGCUCCACAACCCACCGCACCUUUACCGGUUAGCGCGGCACGUCCGCCGCCCGGUGGUUUGUCUAAACGUGUCUCCCGCACGCCGAUUAUUAUCAUACCCGCCGCUACCACUUCCUUGAUUUCCAUGUAUAACGUCAAAGAAGUCCUACAGGAUCUGAAGUAUGUAUCAACCGAGCAGAAGAAGAGGGAAGGAGCGCGACGUGACAACGAAGUGUUGCUUCAACGCCAGCGCAAUGGAGUGUCAGUGCCUUACAGAGUUGUAGAUAACCCGGCAAAGUUGAGUCCGAGCGAUUGGGAUCGUGUAGUCGCUGUCUUCGUUAUGGGACCCGCUUGGCAAUUUAAAGGGUAUCCUUGGGAGAAUCCCGUCGAAAUAUUCGCAAAGUUGUGCGCCUUUCAUUUAAAAUAUGACGAAAUGAAGUUAGAUGCAAAUGUAGCACGAUGGGCUGUGACUGUUAUUGAAUUGUCAAGGACGAAACGACAUUUAGAUCGAGCUGCAAUAAUGGUGUUCUGGGAACGAUUAGAUAAGUAUAUUUUACAGUUCAAACCUCACUUACGUUUUUAGAAAUGUUUUUAAUUUAUAUUCGAGGCGUGUUUUGAAGGAAGUGACUGAACUACCAUCUUGAGUUACAUUUGACUGAGAAUAUGUACAUGUAUUUUUUUUGUAAUUCAAAUCCUUUUAUUGUAGUAAAAUAUUGAAUAUG